GUAUUGGUUUGAGAGGAACUCUGACUGAGCGAUUAGAGGACGCAGGUUUGCAUGGGCAACACAGAGACGAAAUGGCGGACAGAAUGGCUGGAUAUUUGAUGCAGUCAAGAGCAGACAAUACGGUGAAGAAAUAUAAUUCUUCUUUUGAACAUUUCAAAACUUACUGCGAAGACAAUUCAUUAGUCGCCAUGCCAGCCUUACCCAUAUCAGUGGCAAUGUACAUGACUCAAUUAAUGGAUCACGGAAAAUCUAACAACGUUGUUUCAUCUGUGUUCUACAGUAUAAAAUGGGUUCAUUCUAUGAAUGGUGUAAAUGAUCCAACAGAAAAUAACAUUGUUAAGCAAUUAUUAGAAGCUUCAAAACGUGUGUGUUCAAAACCUGUUCACAAGAAAGAUGUACUUUCAUCAGAAAUGAUACAAACAUUAUGUUUGAUGUAUAAGGAUUCUACUGAUGUCAUUGAUGUUAGAGAUUUAGCUAUGAUCAUUUUAGGAUAUGCUGGUUUUAUGCGUAUGAAUGAAAUAAGUGAGCUUCGUUGUAAUGACGUACAAUUCAAAUCAGAUCAUUUUGUUAUUAAUGUGCACCAUAGCAAAACUGACAUUUAUAGGAAUGGUUCAGAGAUUAUUAUUGCAAAAGGCACGACUUCAGCUUGCCCAUAUGGUAUUUUAACAAAAUAUAUGUCAUUAGCAAACUUGUCUAAUGAAUCAAAUGAGUAUUUAUUUAAACCAGCUUUUCGUUCUAAAGCUGUAUCUUCCUUAAUUAAGAAAGAUAAAAAAUUAAGUUACACUAGAGCAAGAGAAUGUAUUGUUAAAAAAUUAAAACUAGUUAGUCCCGAACUUGAUAUUGGUACGCACUCACUGCGAGCUAGUGGAGCCACUAAUGUGGCAAACGCUUCGAGCGUUUCUGAAAGAUGUCUUAAGAUACAUGGGAGAUGGACAACGGACAUAGCAAAAGACGGUUAUGUUCAAGAUUCUAUAGAUAAAAGAUUAUCAGUUACAAAAACCUUAAACUUGUAAUUUGUUACAAUUUGUGUAUUCGUUUGUACAACGGAUGAAAUUAUGUAUGACUAUGUAUGAAUUUGAAUUUGAUAUUUUAUCCACUAUACUUUGUAAUGCCUAUAUGCGUCUCUCGCAAAUCGCACAACAGUGUUGUUGCUUGUUUGUUUGAAACAUAGUUAGGACUUAUAGUACUCCGCGUUACAUCGUAUAGCGGAGUACUUUUGUCCUGACGGACAUGAGAAAACAAACCGGUUUUGCGAGUUUGUUUUGUGUAUUGCUAUUUAUAGAAAUAAAUAGCGAUAGAAAUCAGUUCUAGCGAAGGCGUCAACGUGGCAAGAUCAAAUUCAAAUUCAUGUUUUGUAUGAGUACAUUUUUAUGUAUAUAUUGUAUAUCCAUAAUUGUUUUAUUUUAUUUUUUAUGUUAUGUAUAUGCUCGGAUAAAGGCCGUAAUUCCGAUA